AUGGCCACUCUGGAAGAAAGCUUCCCCCGAGGGGGUUCGAGCAAGGCCCACAAAGCUGAGAAAGCUUUUCAGGACUCAAUUGAACAGGACAACUUAUUUGACGUUUCUACGGAAGAAAAAUCCACCAAACGGAAGAAGAGCCAAAAAGGGCCAGUCAAAACAAAAAAGUUGAAAAUCGAAAAGAAAGAAACUGUCACGCCAGCAAAAGAGAAGUUUGAAAUCCUCAAAGUUGAGUCCCUGUGUGAGGGGAUACGGAUUUUGGGUUGUGUGAAAGAGGUACGUGACCUGGAACUGGUGAUUAGUCUCCCCAAUGGCCUUCAGGGAUUUGUGCAGGUGACUGAAGUCAGUGACGUCUACACCAGAAUGCUGAACGAGCAGGUGGCGCAGGAAGAACCUGUGAAGGACCUGGUCCCCUUGCCAGAGCUUUUCUCACCUGGGAUGCUGGUGAGAUGUGUGGUGAGCAGUGUGGGAACCACGCAGAAGGGCAAAAAGAGUGUCAAGCUGUCUCUGAACCCCAAAAAUGUCAAUGGCGUGCUGAGUGCUGAGGCCCUGAAGCCUGGCAUGCUGCUCACGGGCACUGUGUCCAGUGUGGAAGACCAUGGCUACCUAGUGGACAUUGGUGUUGGUGGGAACAGAGCUUUUCUGCCACUGCAGAAAGUCGAGGAGAACAGCCGACAGAACAAAGAUACCAAACUGAAGGUGGGUCAGUACCUGAACUGCGUCAUUCAAGAGGUGAAAGGCAGCGGAGGAGUUGUUAGUCUAUCUGUUGAUCCUUCAGAGGUUUCUACUGCCAUUGCUACAGAGGAGCACAACUGGAGCCUUAAUAACUUGCUACCAGGGCUAGUGGUCAAAGCCAAGGUGCAGAAGGUGACUCCACUUGGCCUCACAGUAAACUUCCUCUCAAACUUCACGGGCCUGGUUGACUUUAUGCAUCUGGAACCCAAGAAAAUUGGAACCUAUUCUUCAAACCAAACAGUGAAGGCCUGCAUCCUCUUGGUCCAUCCUUGGACAAAAGUUGUGCGGCUGAGCUUGCAUCCUGUCUUCUUACAACCUGGGCGCCCACUCGCUCGUCUCUCCUGCCAGCAGCUUGGGGCUGUGCUGAAUGAUGUUCCUGUACAUGGCUUUUUCAGCAAGGCUGGAGCCACCUUCAAGCUGAAGGACGGAGCGCUGGCUUUUGCUCGGUUCAGCCAUCUCUCUGAUUCUAAGAACUUCAAACCUGAGAUGUUUAAGCCUGGGAGCACCCACAAGUGUAGAGUUAUCGACUACAGCCUGAUGGAUGAGCUGCCUAUGCUCUCUCUGCGGACGUCAAUUCUUCAAGCCCGGUACCUUAGCUAUCAUGACAUCAAACCAGGGGCAGUGGUAAAGGGCACAGUGAUGACCAUAAGGAAAUAUGGGAUGCUCGUGAAGGUGGGCGAGCAGAUCAGGGGCCUGGUACCUCCCAUGCACCUGGCUGACAUCCUGAUGAAGAAUCCAGAGAAGAAGUACCACCCUGGGGAUGAGGUCAAGUGCCGGGUUUUGAUCUGUGACCCUGAAGCCAAGACAUUGAUGAUGACCCUGAAGAAAACUCUGAUUGAAUCCGAACUGCCUGCUGUUACCUGCUAUGCUGACGCCACGCCCGGUCUCCAGACACAUGGCUUCAUCUUCAAGGUCAAGGACUGUGGUUGCAUCGUGAAGUUCUAUAAUGACGUGCAAGGCCUGGCGCCCAAGCAUGAGCUGAGCACUGAGUAUAUCGCAGCCCCAGAGACGGUCUUUUACCCUGGCCAGGUGGUGAAGGUGGUCGUGCUGAACUGUGAGCCAGCCAAAGAGAGGAUGUUCUUAUCUUUCAAGCUGAUGAGUGAUCCAGAAGCAAAGAAAACACAAGAGGGAGGGAGUCAAAAGAAAGGAAGACCCAUUCAUGUUGGGCAGUUGGUGGAUGUGAAGAUUGUAGAGAAGACCAAAGAUGGGCUGGAGGUGACUGUCCUGCCCCACAACAUCCCUGCGCUUCUCCCUACCCCUCACCUGUCGGACCACGUUGCCAAUGGCCCGCUGCUUUAUCACUGGCUCCAGCCAGGUGACACCCUCCACAGGGUCCUGUGUCUGCGGAGUGAGGGACGUGUUCUCCUCUCUAGGAAGCCAGCCUUAGUCUCUGCAGUAGAAGGUGGUCAGGAUCCCAAGAACUUCUCAGAAAUCCAGCCUGGCAUGGUGCUCAUGGGGUUUGUGAAGAGCAUCAAGGACUACGGCGUGUUUGUCCAGUUCCCCUUAGGACUGAGUGGACUGGCUCCCAAAGCUGUCAUGAGUGACAAAUUUGUGACCUCCACAAGUGACCACUUUGUGGAGGGGCAGACAGUAGUUGCGAAAGUGACGAAUGUCGAUGAGGAAAAGGAGCGGAUGCUGCUGUCCUUACGGCUGUCGGACUGUGCUCUGGGGGACGUGGCUACCACCAGCCUCCUCCUUCUGACCCAGUGCCUGGAGGAGCUGCAGGGCGUGCGCAGCCUCAUGGGCAGUCGAGACUCUGUACUGAUCCAGACAUUGGCUGAGAUGACCCCAGGGAUGACCCUUGACGUGGAAGUGCAGGAGGUGUUGGAAGAUGGCUCUGUGGUGUUCAGUGGGGGUCCAGCGCCAGGCCUGGUCCUGCGGGCCAGUAAAUAUCAUCGAGCAGGGCAGGAGGUGGAAUCUGGGCAGAAAAAGAAGGCUGUGAUCUUAAAUGUUGAUAUGCUGAAGUUGGAAGUACAUGUGUCCCUUUGCCAGGAUUUGGUGAAUAGAAAACUUAAAAAGCUGAAGAAAGGCAGCGAAUACCAGGCCACAGUGCAGCACUUGGAGGAGUCCUUCGCCAUCGCCUCUGUGCUAGAGACCGGCCACCUGGCAGUUUUCUCCCUGAACUCUCACCUCAAUGACACUUUCCGCUUUGACUCUGAGAAGUUGCAGGUGGGACAGGGGGUCUCCCUCACCCUCAAGACGACACAGCCAGGAGUGACUGGUCUUCUUUUGGCUGUUGAGGGGCCAGCUGCUAAGAGGACCAUGCGGAAGACACGGAAGGACUCGGAGACUGUGGAUGAAGAUGAGGACGUGGAUCCACCCCUGGUUGUAAGGACCGCAAAGAAGCAUACCUUGUCCAUUGGGGACAUGGUCACAGGGACUGUGAAGUCCGUUAAGGCCACCCAUGUGGUUGUUACGCUGGAAGGUGGUCUUGUUGGCUGUAUUCAUGCCUCCCACAUUCUUGAUGACGUUCCAGUGGGCACCUCUCCCACCAGCACGCUCAGAGUUGGGAAGACAGUCACCGCCCGGGUGAUUGGAGGACGGGACAUGAAGACUUACAAGUUCCUCCCAAUAAGUCAUCCCAGUUUUGUUCGAACGAUCCCAGAACUGAGUGUUCGAUCAAGUGAGCUGGAGAAGGAUGACCACACAGUUCUCAACACUCACUCUGUUAGCCCCGUGGAGAAGAUUAAACAGUACCAGGCGGGCCAGACUGUGACCUGCUUCUUGAAGAAGUACAACGUGAUUAAGAAAUGGCUUGAGGUGGACAUUGCUCCGGACAUCCGAGGGAGGAUUCCCUUACUGCUCACUUCUCUUAGCUUCAAGGUUCUGAAACAUCCAGAUAAGAAGUUCCAGAUUGGCCAGGCUCUGAAUGCCACCGUAGUCGGUCCGGAUUCCUCCAAGGCCUUCUUGUGUCUCUCACUCAUAGGUCCUCACAAGCUUGAGAAAGGCGAAGUGGCCAUGGGCCGAGUGGUGAAGGUGACUCCCAAUGACGGGCUGACUGUCUCCUUCCCUUUUGGGAAGCUUGGAAGAGCAAGCAUAUUUCAUGUGAGCGACUCUUACUCUGAGGCACCCCUGGAAGACUUUACUCCCCAAAAAAUUGUCAGAUGUUGCGUCCUCUCCACUGAAGACUAUCCUUUGACUUUGUCACUGCGAUCAUCCAGAACAAACCCGGAGACAAAAAGCAGAAUUGACGACCCUGAGGUUAACUCCCUCAAGGACGUUAAGGAGGGGCAGCUGCUGCGGGGCUACGUGAAGGCUGUCGAGCCGCACGGGGUGCUCCUCAGUCUUGGCCCUUCGGUUGUGGGUUUGGCCCGGUACUCCAGUGUCUCGCAGUACAAACCAUCAAAGAAAGCCCUUUAUAGCAAACACCUUCCUGAAGGGAAGCUGCUCACAGCCAGGGUCCUCAGCCUGAAUCACAAGAGGGGCCUGGUGGCAUUAUCGUUCCUCCCCCAAGACACCGGGAAACCAGAUGUGCUUCCUGCCUCCGUAGAACAGCCACUUGGAGAGCAGGAGGAAAGGGAAAUGGAGGCAGAGAGAGGGGACCAGACAGGCAAUGAGAUGAAAAGCCAGAAAAGAAAAGAGAACAAGGACCAGAAAGGCCAGGCGGCGGCGAAGCGGCCCAGCAAGGAGGAGCACAAGCCCCAGCAGCCACAGACCAAGAAGGCCAAGCGGACGCGCCAGGAGUCUGGGAGUGAACAGGAAAGCGUGAACAAGAAGCAGAAGAAAGCUGCUCCGUCAGAGGAGGACGACAGUGGGGUGGAAGUGUAUUAUCGGGAAGGCGAAGAUGAGCUGGAAGACAUAACUGUGCCACCCAAGGAGAAGCCAACCAAGCCCGCGGAGGCGCCCCGGCUGCAGCUGUCGUCAGGCUUCAUGUGGGACGUGGGACUGGACUCCCUCACUCCGGCUUUGCCCCCUCGAGGCGACAGCUCAGACAGCGAGGAGGACGAGAGUCCACAGGAAGCUACGAAGAAGAAGAGCAAGAAGGAGAGAGUGUUGGAGAAGCAGAAGGCAGAGAAGGAACUGUCCCGCCUUGAGGAGGCCCUGAUGGACCCUGGGCGGCAGCCCGAGUCAGCGGAGGACUUUGACCGGCUGGUGCUCAGCUCCCCCAACAGCUCCAUCCUGUGGCUGCAGUAUAUGGCCUUCCACCUGCAGGCCACUGAGAUCGAGAAGGCGCGCGUGGUGGCUGAGCGAGCUCUCAAGACCAUCUCCUUUAGAGAGGAGCAGGAGAAACUGAACGUGUGGGUGGCACUGCUGAACCUAGAGAACAUGUACGGCUCUCAGGAGUCGCUGACCAAGGUCUUCGAGCGGGCCGUGCAGUACAACGAGCCUCUCAAGGUCUUUCUGCACCUGGCUGACAUCUACACCACGUCAGAGAAAUUCCAGGAAGCUGGUGAGCUCUACAACCGCAUGCUGAAGCGUUUCCGCCCCGAGAAAGCCGUCUGGAUCAAAUACGGCUCCUUCCUUCUGCGGAGGGGCCAGGCUAGCGCCAGUCACCGCCUGCUGCAGCGAGCCCUCGAGUGCUUGCCUAAGAAGGACCAUGUGGAUGUGAUUGCCAAGUUUGCGCAGCUCGAGUUCCAGCUGGGGGACGCGGAGCGGGCCAGAGCCAUGUUUGAGAACACCCUGAGCACUUACCCCAAGCGCACGGAUGUGUGGUCCGUGUACAUCGACAUGAUCAUCAAGCAUGGCAGCCAGAAGGAAGUGCGGGACAUCUUUGAGCGGGUCAUUCACCUGAGCCUGGCCCCCAAGCGAAUGAAAUUCUUCUUUAAGCGCUACCUGGACUACGAGAAGCAGCACGGUACAGAGAAGGACGUGCAGGCAGUGAAGGCCAAGGCCCUGGAAUACGUGGAGGCCAAGAAUUCGGUGUUGGAGGACUAG